GCGUCUAGUUUCCAAAAUGGCUGCCAAAAGCAGGAAGUAGGAUUGUCUGCCUAAAAAUGAACGUUUGGAAAGUUGCAUAUGGAUGAGCAACAGCUGAAUUUGCUGCUGGAGUGUUCAGUAUGCCUGGACCAGCUAGAUGAUACCAGCAAGGUAUUGCCCUGCCAGCACACCUUUUGUAAGCGAUGCUUGGAGGAGAUUGUGAGCACCAAGCACGAACUGCGGUGUCCAGAAUGCAGAUUUCUUGUUGAGAUGAGGGUGGAAGAUCUACCCAGCAACAUUUUGUUGAUUAGAUUACUCGAAGGUCUGAAGGCCCAAGCCCGAAGUGCUAUCGCCCAAAGUCGUAAACGUGAGAGUGUUGGCUCCCCUGGAAGUACCCAAGCCGAUACCUCAGCUGUUGCUACCUUCGCCCGUCAGCAGCAACAGCGACAGGCUGCUGCUGGCAACAGGCCACAUGCCAAAGCCCUUUUUAACUAUGAUGCGAAGGAUCCUGGGGACCUUUCAUUCAAGAAGGGUGAUAUUGUUUACCUCAAGAAGCAAGUAGAUGAAAACUGGUACCAUGGUGAACUGAACAAUCAGCAUGGCUUCUUUCCUGCAACUUAUGUGCAGGUGAUCACUCCGCUACUCAGCACAAUCCCACAAUGCAAGAGCUUGUACGACUUCAAUCCCGACCACGAGGAUGACUGUCUGGCUUUCAAAAAGGAUGAGAUAGUGACAGUGAUAAGAAAGGUGGAUGAAAACUGGUUGGAGGGAAAGAAAGGGGACAGGAUUGGGAUCUUCCCUCUCUCGUUUGUACAGUUAAAUGAUCCUGCAAAAAUACUCUUAAGGCUCUCGGACAAAACCAGUAUUGUGAGCAACCAUCAAUCAGGCCCUCCAGUCACCCCCGCCCAUCCCGGGCCAUCACUCGCACCAGGGCCCUUGCCCGCAGUCCAUCAAAGCCCGUUACCGGCCCGGCCAGGCCUUCCACCCGCCCACCGAUCCUCCCCACACAGCUCAAAGGAAGGAUCCCCCGUCCACAAUCAACAUACUCAACAGAACAAACGACAUUCACUCACUGCUUUACCACAAAACAUCCGUCUACCUUCACACGCCAUCCAGAGACGUUCCCUUGAUAGUAACACAGUUGCGGCGGACCUCCUGGCUUCUGGCGGUCAGUCAUCAACCACUGUGACUGAACCGUCGUCAUUGACCAUUUCAUUCCCAUCGCCACUUGCCUCUACUACUGCCAGUGCUAGUACAAAUGCUGGAAGAUCUGACGAUGGAAACAUUGCAGAUGCAGGACGGACUGCAGACCACCAUGCCAUGGCCAUGGAGCCAGCUCCCAUCAGUCUUCCCACCAAACGUCUGCCACCAGAGACCCCUCAUUCUGCCUCUAGCCCACCAAGACCCUCCCAUGAUGCACCCACAGCCAGUGGCUCAUCAGCACCCAUUUACAUAGCAUUAUACAACUACAAGCCUCGAAAGCCAGACGAGCUGGAGUUAGUAAAGGGAGAUUACUACAGCGUGUCUGAGAAGUGUAUGGACGGCUGGUUUAAAGGGGUCGAAAUCAAAUCUGGCUCUGCAGGAGUCUUCCCUGGAAAUUAUGCGCAGGCUGUCAAAACACACACAAGUGGCAAGAGUACCAACAAAUCUCCGAGUCUUAAACCUCAGCCAGCAUCCCAGUCAGCAAGCCCCAGCAGCAACAGCAGCAACAGCAGUAGUCCGAAAGUGUCCAAGCCAGGCAUAUCCCCACCCCGUCCCAAAACCAGUAGUUCAGAGGCCUCAGGGAGAUCUCGGAGUCGAGGUGAGGGAGAGAGGAGAUCUAGUAGCGUGGACAGGGGCAUUCAACCCCCACCUGUCAUUCCCAGGAUUGCCCCACCGCCGAGUAAAAACAAGUCCUCGGCCUCCAGUCCCAACAGCCCGGUUCUAGCCACUGGUCCUCGCACCACCCGGUACGUACGAGCCUCAAAGUCUACAAGCCCUAAUGUGGGUGCCCGCUCUGAGCCAACCACUGCAACAAGCGCAAGCAGCCCCGUGUGGAAACACUCAGUUACGGCUAGCGCCAAUGUCACUCCGCCCAAUGUGAUGGUGGGAGCUACAGCUAAUACUGGGUCUGGUGCAAAGGAGAAGGAAAAGAAAAAGGACAAGGAGAAGAUGAGCUUAAUGAAGCGACUGGCGUCAGCGGGGAAGAGUAGGAAGUCGCGGUCAGGAGAUCUUGAUGCCUCACUUAGUGAAAACAGUGUGCAACAUAACAGGUCAGGAUCGUUUCCGAGUGACAUGAAAGUGACUGUUGUGUCAGAGAGUAGUCACAAAAAGACUGGCUCCUUUGAUUCUUCUUCCUCCUCUGUCCCACCGCAGAAACCAGUCCGCCCAAAACCACUUAUUAGAGAAAAGUACCGCUGUACAGAAAGUUACCCUGCUCAGAGCGAGAUAGAGCUGGAACUUAAGGUUGGCGACAUCAUCUAUGUCCACAAGAAGCGUGACGAUGGAUGGUACAAGGGGACCAUGCAGAGAUCAGGGAAAACUGGUCUCUUCCCGGGAAACUUUGUCGAGAAGUGCUCUUAAUCUUUAGUGUGUGUGGGGGGGAUCUUCUAGUAAGAACAGUUUAAUGCAAUACUGUACUAACUAAAUAGGGUAGGGGACAGAUAUUAAUAUGUGUGGGACAGCUUAUGAUGGAAAGCAUUUGAUUCGGAGAAAGUGUUUUGAAGCUAGUUUAAGUGAAUGCAAUAAUGAUCCAGUGUUUAACUAAUAUUAACCAGCCAUUGAAACCUGUUGUUAAAUAUCUUUUUUAUAAUUAUUUUUAUUUUUUAUCACCCUGAAAUUGUGUUAAAUAUAAAACUAUUAAUUACAGAGAUUUUCAUGAAUAAUCAAACAAUUUUUUAGCUAAUCUGUCAUGUUAUUGUCAUAGCCUUUAACUCUUUUAACCUCAGCUAUAGUUCACGUUAUUCACAUGAAACUUGAUACACAUGUUUCUAGUGUUGAUAUGUACAUGUGUAGCAAAGCCAGCAAGUCUUGCUUUAUAUUUGUCAAGCUAUGCCCUUCAAUGUCAUGCAAAUACUUUUAACUUGGCAAUUAUUUUAUUACCUUCAAGACAAUCACAUGAAAUUUGGUCCAGGAGUUGAACCUGGCAAUGUGUGGCAAGGCCAAUAACUCUCUGCAUAAAUGUUAUUCCUCUUGUUUGAAGAAAACCAGACAAGCCCCGCAACACUCUUGUUAGAUAUACCAGUAUGUGUGCAUGCAGCAGAUCUGGUUAUUUAUUGUGAACCACCAUCCUGAACAUUAUCAUUUAAAUAUGCUUUUAUAAUGUUGAAUAUAUUUUGAUGUCAUAGAUUUAUAGCUUUGGCAAGAGAACUUGCAAACUUUUUUCUUAAUAAUGUGUAAUAUUAAUCAAAAGAUCAAAAACAGCGUACUGUCUUUGUUACUUGUGUACUUGCUUGAAACCAGGUCCAAAUUUCUCAACAUAUCGUAAGCGUAACAGGGUUAAGUAUCAUUUUUCAUUUACUUCCUAUAUUACCAAGCAAAGAAUUGUAAAGAUUAUCUUAAUAAUUUGCUCUUAAGUCUCGUAAUGCUUUCAGAGAACAUUAUACAAUUGAUAAAAAAAUGGUAUGCUGAGUUGAUCUUAUUAUAAAGGACUUACAUGUAAGGUUGUUUGAGAAACUGAGGCAUGUUGUAACUGAUUUAAACCAUGUUUUCUGACCAAUGGUGUACCAAGCAUCUGUGAUCUUGUUAUGUUGACCAUGACAGAUUGUUGUACAAUUGUUAUUAAUUGCAUAAUUUUUAUUAUUUUUUGUUCUUCCGGUAGUGCUUUAAUUGGAGUAAGAAAUAUAAUAUGUAUAUAUGGUUGGAACUUAUGAUUGCCACGGUAAUGGCUGUAAAACCAGGACCCAUGUUUACUUAUAUCUCAAGACUCAAAAUAAAAGGAAUGGUAUUAAAAUGUGUUUUUUUUGUCUUUAAAAAAUAUUUUCUUUAGUUUGGACUUGAGACAGUUUAUAAAUAUGGGCUCUGCAUGGGUCCAUUUUCCCUUUAAGUCUUGAGCUUGAUAUUACUCUUUAUUUAUUGGAUGUGUGAAUACUGGUGAAACUUGGCGUAAAGAAGUAAUUUGGCCAUUAUGGCUCUUCUAAUGACAAACCUAUAACAAAAUAAAGAUAUGUCAUUGUGAGUCUUGAGUUUCAACUUCUCAAAACUUGUAUUUUUCAGAUAUUUUAGCAGAACGUUACUUUGAAAAUGAUAAGUGUGCAAUGAGACUUGUUGUCAGUGGCAAUUUAUCCUUGUUGUGCAAUGAUCAAAGAUGGCUUAAUAUUUGAUGGACGCACAUAUUUAUGAUCUAUAAAUAAACUGUUGAUGUACAUGUACAUGUUUAUUUCGAGUGCAAUCUGAGUUAUUACAAUGUUAUGUUUUGUCAGCUUAUGAAGCCACCAAGGACUUUAUUCUGGAACACAUUUUAGACCCUGUUGUGUUAUGAGGCCUAGUUGAUCAAAUCUUUAAUAAAAAAAAAUAAUUGUAUUUGAUAUAAGUAGAUUCAUUUGGUGUAUGGUGCAUCAAUAUGCAGCUGAUAGUUCUUAAAAACAGAGAGUCUAUACUCCUAAUAACAUACACAAAUAAUCAUAUACAGUUUGUCAUCUGCAAACAAUUAAAUGCCUGUGUUUGUGUGUGGGAAGGCCAGCUUAGCUUCAACAGGUAUGUGGGCACCAACACCCCAAAUAAGCCUGGCGGAGGGCUACAACUCCAUAAAUGGGCCUGGCAAAGGCCACCAACACCCCAAAUGGGCAUGGUGAAGGCUUACAACACCCUAUAUUGGUCAGGCAGAGGCCACCAACCCCAUAUUGGCCAGGCGGAAAUACUGAUGAUCACCUUAUGAUUAUUCAAAUGUUUCAUUGAUAUAAUAUUGUGCCUCAUUAUCUACUUAUUUUAAACCACUGUAAUGUCUGUAUGAAAUUAAACAUUUAACAUUUAUGUUGUGAACUGUGGAGAUAAUUGUGUUGGAUUCAAUUUAUUUCAAGCCUGAAGAUUGCUUCGAUUUUUUUUUCUUGUUAACAUUUCAUUUUUUGAGCUACAGGAAGUAUCUGCUUACACUUGCAUUUAUGUAACUAACAAUGCCCAAUUAGUCAUUUCACAAUUGUUCUAUAUUACAAGCUGUACUUUUUGCAUUGUCUUAUAGAUUUUUUUUACGACACAAGAGUCUAAUAAAAAUAUAAAAAUUCA